AUGAACAUGUCAAUAGCCCAUGAUUUCCGGUCCCAUGACUUGCCGUGCUCAAUCUUUCAAAACCCGGCAGCUCCGGAGGCAGCAGCAACACUCAUGUUGGCGACGCUUAGCUUCAUUCCCGCCAACGAAAACAGAGGGCAGAAUGGUCAUUACCAUAUGGCUACAUCUUUAAUUACGAUAUCCAAUGUUGAUAUCGAGCUAAUUCACCCCUUUUUUGGGGACCUCCGGAGAACACAAUCACUCAGCCUCGGGCAUCCUUGGACGGGAACCGGAGAAGUCCAUCAGCUUCCGCAUAACACAAACGAGGACGAGAUUGAGCUUACGACGGCUUCAGAUGGGAACCUCUCUAUAGCACCAGCGGAGGACGCAGUCAACCGAGACGAGACUCGGCUUCCGGCGUUUUCAGAUGCGAAUAUCUCGGGCAUGGCCGUACAACCGGAGGUCGCACUCAAUCUCCGGCAUGGUCGUACGGUAACCUCCGGAGAAAACAUGGACGGAGACCAGACUCGGCUUCCGGCGUUGUCCGAGGGGAACCUCCGGAGAACACUUUCGGAGAGUGCAGUCAUCCUGGGGCAUCGUCGUCGGACUGGAACCUCUGAAGAACACAUUCAGCCGCCGGAGAAUAGACCUACUCGCAACGCAGACGAGAUGAAGCGAUGGACUAAGCUAGUGAAAAGGUUUCACGAAGUAAUUGCCUUGUUAAUUGGAUUUGCUUUGAUUUUUGCUCCGGUGGGCUCUGUUAUCAGAAAAGUGGUGAAAAGUGCGGAUAAGGCUGGUAAGAUUGAUUACAUUCGAAUAAUUGUGAGCCUGCUUCGUAACCUUGAGAUGCAACUCGUCAUCCCAUUUCUAGUUGCGGGAUUACUGUAUGCUUUGAUCUAUUCUUCCUCUUCGGCUGCUUUCCCCGUAACUUGGGUCCUAAAGAUAGAUAUCUUGAGUAUUAUUGCUGGAUUUGUUACUCUAUUUACAGUGAUAUGGUACAUCAACUGGAUUUUUUGUGUUGCUGGAUCCGUUGUAUGCCUUAUAGUAAUUGUGCUACUCCUUUGGUACCAAUUCCCACGUGAAAGGGUUGUUGCGAGAGAUGUUGAAAACCCUUGA